AGACCGGAGCUCAAUCAUCACUCAUAAUUACUUGUCCCAAAAAUAGCUUAAUCUAACACAGCAUGCAAUGUAACGGUCAAAAGUUUACUUUUUUAUUACUUCAAUCAACAGCUUCACCUCUCAUUGCUCUCUUCUUGCUUCCUCUCUCUCUUCUGCAACCUCUUCUCUCUCCUCAAGAACUAAAUAGCAUUAGUAGAUUUCUGUGAUCAACUGAGCUCACAUUCCUACUUUAUGGAGCAUCGGUUCUUGAACUGCCUUAGCUUAUUACUAUUUUCAGCAUGCAUCAGGCUCACUCUAUGCUACCAAGAUGGAUUCUUGAGCUUAACAUGCGGCGGAAGCGUGAGCUAUGUGGAUUCCUCCAACGUUUCAUGGAGAGGAGAUGGAUAUUAUGUGAACAAAGGGAACUUGAGCAGUGUUGUUUUCUCAGAGGGUGCGUCCUCGGCCACUCUCUCUGUCCGAUUCUUCCCUGAUUCUUCGGGCAGAAAUUGCUACAGGCUGCCAUUGCAGAACACUUCAUCUCUGGUUCUAGUGAGGAGCAAGUUUGUGUACAAGAACUAUGAUGGCCUUGCAAAGCCCCCUGUGUUCUCUGUCUCUCUUGGCACAGCUAUCACCACCACUGUCAAUCUUGCUCACACUGAUCCUUGGAUUGAGGAAUUCGUGUGGCCGGCUAGUAAGGAUGUGCUGCCCUUGUGCUUCCAUUCCAUCCCGAAUGGUGGAUUCCCGGUCAUCUCGACUCUUGAGCUCCGGCCCCUGCCUCCGGGGGCUUACAGCGCUGCAUUGGGAGAUUGGAGCAGUAAGCUUAUGAGGAAGGCGUAUCGUAUCAACUGUGGCUAUGUUGAUGGACCACUAAGGUACCCACUUGAUCCAUAUGAUAGAAUAUGGGAUGCUGAUGAAGAUUUCUCGCCUUACCACGUCUCGUCUGGAUUCGACAUUGAGAGCAACUUCAGCCUGUCCGGCAUCAAGGAGAGCCCCCCGUCUGCUAUACUGCAGACUGGGCGCGUUUUAGCCCGGUGGAACAGCCUCGUGUACGGGCUGCCUCUAGACAACCUGGGAGACUACCAUGUUGUUCUGUACUUUGCUGGCAUUCUGCCAGUCUCCCCAUCUUUCGAUGUGUUGAUCAACGGGGACGUCGUCUACUCAAACUACACGGUGGCACGCUGGGAAGCAAGUAGUCUCUUCUUCACUGUGAGAGGGAUCAGGAGCUUGAACAUCACCUUGAAGGCCAUCGCCUACUAUCCAUUGGUGAAUGCCCUUGAGGUUUAUGAGAUUCUUGAUGUUCCCUUGGAGACUUCUUCAACUACAGUUUCAGCGCUCCAGGUUAUACAGCAGUCCACAGGGAGGGAUCUGGGGUGGCAAGAUGAUCCAUGCUCUCCUACACCAUGGGAGCACAUUGGAUGUGAUGGAAAUCUUGUUACUUCACUGAGACUUUCAGACAUCAACUUGAGGAAGAUCAGCCCUAUAUUUGGGGAUCUGCUGGAUCUGAAAGCACUGGAUCUGCACAACACUUCUCUUGCUGGAGAAAUACAAAACUUGGGAGGCCUGCAGCAUCUUGAGAAAUUGAACUUGAGCUUCAACCGGCUAACGACUUUUGGUUCUGAGCUGGAAGACUUGAUGAACAUUCGAGUUCUGGAUCUGCAGAACAAUAGUCUGCAAGGAGCAGUACCUGAGAGCUUGGCAGAGCUGAAGGAUCUUCAUCUGUUGAAUCUGGAGAAUAACAAGCUACAAGGGCCGCUCCCACAAUUACUAAACCGAGAGAGUUUAGAAGUCAGGACAUCAGGGAAUAUAUGCCUCUCCUUCUUGUUGACAUGUAACGAAAGUGCAAGCAAUUCUUCACUCCAAACUCCACAAGUCACAAUCUUCACCCCAGGAAAGCGCAAAAACCACAGCCAUCUAGGUGUUCUACUUGGUGUAGUGGGCGGAGCUGUUCUUGCUCUUUUUGCUAUCGCGUUCUCAGCUCUCCGAUACAUCAAGAGAAAGAGAGGAGAAAGCACGUAUAUACCAAGAUCUGAAGUGGACAUGCAUACCUGGGGUUCAGCAAGAGUUUUCACCUACAAGGAGAUCAAAACAACCACAAACAAUUUCAAAGAGGCCAUAGGCCGUGGUAGCUUUGGCUGUGUGUACGCUGGCAAGCUCCCGGGUGGCAGACUCGUAGCUGUUAAAGUUCGGUUUGACAAAACUCAGCUCGGAGGUGAAUCUUUCAUCAAUGAGGUGUCCCUUCUGUCACAAAUUCGCCACCAGAAUCUUGUAUCCUUGGAGGGAUUCUGCUGUGAAUCAAAGCACCAAAUUCUUGUGUACGAGUUCUUACCGGGAGGGUCCUUGGCUGAUAACCUUUAUGGGGUUCAAAGUAAGAAACUGACACUAAGUUGGGUGCGUAGGCUGAAAAUUGCUGUGGAUGCUGCAAAAGGUUUGGACUACCUACACAAUGGAAGUGAUCUACGGAUAAUUCAUCGUGACGUGAAGAGCAGCAAUAUUCUUUUAGACACAGAAAUGAAUGCUAAAGUUUGUGAUUUUGGCCUUUCUAAGCAAGUGACUCAAUCAGAUGCAUCUCAUGUCACUACUAUAGUAAAAGGCACUGCAGGCUAUCUAGAUCCAGAGUACUAUUCCACUCAACAGUUAACAGAGAAGAGUGACGUCUAUAGCUUUGGAGUUGUACUUCUCGAGCUGAUCUGUGGCAGAGAGCCGCUCACUCACACAGGCACUCCAGAUUCCUUCAAUUUGGUUCUUUGGGCUAAGCCAUACUUGCAGGCUGGCGCAUUUGAGAUUGUGGAUGAGAGCUUAAAGGGGAGCUUUGACGCAGAAAGCAUGAGAAGGGCUUCUCUGAUUGCUUGCAGGUCGGUCGAAAGGGAUGCUCUGCGUAGGCCGAGUAUAUCGGAAGUGGUAGCUGAGCUCAAAGAAGCUUACAAUCGCCAGCUCAACUAUCUUGGAUCCUCUGCUGCAAAUUGAGAGAUAUCGACUGGCAUUUUGCACACCUCAGGGCAAUUCGCCUCAUUGGAGACGGGGGGAGGAGGAAGACGAAGAAGGGAGGAGGGAGGCAUGAGUUUGUAACUUAUUGUGUGAGAUAGUGAGAGAGAAACAGAGAUGAUAGCUUACUCAAAUACUGGAGGCCAAGUUAUGUGGAAUUCGUAUUUCUGCACUCUGCAAACUGUUACAAUAAAUAUUCAUCUUUUGCAUUA